CGGGCGGCGUGCGCUCAUAUAGCGCUGAGUCCCGGGAACCCGGAUCGCCGGGGCCACACUGAGCUUAGAAGGCAGGCGGCGAGAUGAGCUGGGCGCCCGCGUUCCUGAGUGCGGCCGAGGUGCAGGACCACCUCCGCAGCUCCAGCCUCCUCAUCCCGCCUCUGGAGGCGGCUCUGGCCAAUUUCUCCAGCGGUCCGGACGGAGGGGUCACUCAGCCGGUGCGCACCGUGGUACCGGUGGCCAAGCAUAGGGGUUUCCUGGGGGUCAUGCCUGCCUACAGUGCUGCAGAGGACGCCCUGACCACCAAGCUGGUCACCUUCUACGAGGGUCACAGCACCACCUCCACUGUCCCCUCCCACCAGGCCACUGUGCUACUCUUUGAGCCAAACAACGGCUGCCUUCUGGCGGUCAUGGAUGGAAAUGUCAUAACUGCCAAGAGAACAGCUGCAGUGUCUGCCAUCGCCACCAAGUUUUUGAAACCACCCAGAAGUGAAGUGCUAUGCAUCCUUGGGGCUGGGGUCCAGGCCUACAGCCAUUAUGAGAUGUUCACGGAGCAGUUCUCCUUUAAGGAGGUGAGGAUAUGGAACCGCACCAGAGAAAACGCCGAGAAGUUUACCGACUCCGUGCAAGGGGAGGUUCAGGUCUGCUCAUCCGUCCAGGAGGCUGUGAUAGGCGCCGAUGUGAUAAUCACGGUCACCAUGGCAACGGAGCCCAUUCUGUUCGGCGAAUGGGUGAAGCCAGGAGCUCAUAUCAACGCCAUCGGAGCCAGCAGACCCGACUGGCGCGAGCUGGAUGACGAACUCAUGAAACGAGCGGUGCUGUACGUGGAUUCCCGGGAGGCUGCCCUGAAAGAGUCUGGAGAUGUCCUACUGUCCGGGGCCGAGAUCUUCGCUGAGUUGGGAGAAGUGGUGAAGGGCGUGAAGCCAGCCCACUGUGAGAAGACUACCGUGUUCAAGUCUUUAGGAAUGGCGGUGGAAGACACGGUGGCAGCCAAGCUUGUGUACGAUUCCUGGUUGUCGGGUAAAUAAAACGAAGGCGGUACAUGCUACGGUUCAAGGGUGUUGCCGCCAGUUGUCUCAUCAUUUCUAGAUCGAAUGAGGGAGCCCAGUCCCCAGGGAGCAACAGUUUUGUGCUUAUCACGUCUUACCUUAAAAAAGGAGACCCCCGUUUGUGUUUGGAAAGCAGAGCUGGGUGGCCGGCCGUUCCUUCUUCUGUUCCGCCCGAUUAGUGCUCCCUUUCCCCUGUAUUUCACUAGCUUUUGUAAUUCCUGGAAAAUAAAGCAUUUUCCAAUUCUGCA